GCGCGUGUGUGUAUGUGUGAUGUAGGCAGAGAAAAAGUGUGUGUGUGCUUGCGUAUGUAUGUGUAUGUGUGAUGGAGGCAGCAAAAUAUCACAUGUGUGGGUGUUUGGAGAGGGAUGGAGAGGGAGAGAAAAAGAGAGAGAGAUGCAAUGGGAAUAGAAGAAUCCAAGCUGACAGCUUCCCUAAUAGAGCAUGAGUAACUCGGCUAGAGAAGCAGGGAAGCGUUGGAUUGCAGCAGAAUUUUCACUUCGACAUUUUCAAGAGCACGUUUAGGAUUUUGAUCGUUUUUUGACUGUUUAUAAGCAUCAGAGAGGCUCUAAAAAUGGACCCGGGAAUCCACUUUGAACACUGGAGAGAAUUCUUCUUUUUUUGCCUGAUUUUUUCUGUGUCGUCUGGAGAGGUGCGUUACGUCCUUCCGGAGGAGAUGCUGACAGGUUCUGUAAUCGGGAACAUCGCACGGGAUCUGGGUCUGCAAGUGAGGGAGCUCGGUGCUCGUCGCGCCCGUGUUGUUGCAGACGGAACGAGCCGGCUGUGCGAACUGGACUUGUCAUCUGGCAAUCUUUUAAUCAGCCAACGGAUCGACCGAGAGGAGCUUUGCGCACAGGGAAGCGUGUGCACCAUCCAGCAUCAGCUUUUACUAGAGGACCCCCUCCAAGCAUUCAGUCUACUUUUAGACAUUGCAGACAUUAACGACAACACUCCAGUGUUUGCUGCAGAGGAGAUUAAUCUUGAUUUGGUUGAAUCCACUGUGCUUGGGAGACGUUUUCCACUGGAGAGUGCGCAUGACCCUGAUCUGGGCACCAACUCUGUCAGUGAAUACAAAUUAAGCCCAAAUGACCAUUUUGGCCUGGAAAUGAGUACCCAAAUAAAUGGUAAUGCAUAUCCAGAGCUUGUUCUUAAAAAGGCACUGGACCGAGAGGCUGAAGCUGAACAUGUAAUGAAAAUCAAUGGCAUUGACCGGGGAAGUCCAGCCAGAACUGGGACUGCUUCUAUCCGUAUCCGUGUUUUGGAUGCCAAUGAUAAUGUCCCAGUUUUCAGCCAACGCGUUUACAGAGCAUCUGUUCCAGAAAACUCUGUCACAGGAACUUUAAUUGUGCAACUGAAUGCCACAGACUCAGAUGAUAGUUUAUAUGGAGAGGUUACAUACUCUUUCAGUCAUCUGACAGACAAGACGAGAGGAGUUUUUCACAUUGACCCUCUGACCGGUGAAGUUCGAGUCGCAGGUGUCAUUGACUACGAGGAGGCGAGUACUCAUGAAUUGGACGUCCAAGCUAAAGAUGGCGGCGGCCAGGCCUCCCAUUGCAAGCUGAUCAUUGAUGUCAUCGACGUCAAUGACAACAAACCCGUGAUUGAAAUAAAGUCAGCGUCAGCAAACAUCCUGGAAGACGCCAAACCCGGAACAAUGGUGGCCCUCAUCAACAUUUAUGACAUGGACACUGCGAAUAGUGGAAACGUUGCAUGUUCCAUUCCUGACAAUGUCCCGUUUCAAAUUGAAUCAGAAGUGAAAAACUAUUAUAUGUUGGUGACAUCUGACAUGCUAGACAGAGAGGUUCAAUCGGUGUAUAACAUUACUGUUACUGCCACUGACUCGGGCACUCCCCCUCUGGAGAGUGUAAAAGUUUUAACAAUAGUGAUUAACGAUGUAAAUGACAACCCCCCAACUUUUACCCAGCACGAGUACACCGCCAACAUCCUAGAAAACCAACCUGUUGGCACGUUUGUUUUGAAAGUCACAGCGCAGGACAUGGACGAUGCAUCUAAUGCUAAAUUAAUAUACCAAAUAUCAAAAGAGACCGAUUUGGAAGUUUCCUCUUAUCUUACCAUUAACAUGGAAACAGGAGAGCUUUUCACAUCGCGGCUUUUUGAUUAUGAGAAGUCAGUUUACUUCCAAAUCAAGGUGGAAGCCCGCGAUAGUGGCGACCCCCAACUCACCACCACCUGCACUGUCAACGUUUUUAUAAAGGAUCAAAAUGACAACACGCCAGUCGUUCUAUAUCCUGUACAAGCCUUUGUAGCUGAGGAUGUAGUACCCUUGGAAGCACCGAGAGGCUAUUUAGUCACUAAGGUGGUUGCUGUAGACGCCGACUCGGGCCACAAUGCGUGGUUGUCUUACAGAAUAAUCAAAGAAACACAGCCCAAUCUGUUUAUGGUGGGAUUACACACCGGUGAAAUUAGAACUCUGCGAACCUUUAUGGAGUUUGAUGAACCUAAGCAAACAGUUAUUAUUGCGGUAACAGAUAACGGGGUAGAAGCCCUGUCUGCAACAGCGACAGUUAGUAUCGCCAUUGGAGAGGGGUUGCCAGUUCUACAAGAUCUCUUUGAACUAGUUGAUGAAUCCCAGGACAACGAUAGUUUGAGGCUUUAUUUGAUUAUUGCCCUGUUCACCGUUUCUUUCCUCUUAAUACUUUUAAUCAUCGGAGUUUUUUAUUUCAAGCUUUGUCGCCGUAGUUAUGUCUACCGUUCAACGGCAGCUAGUCUUCCUGUUUUCCCCACGUACUAUCCACCUAGUUUCACAGAUUUUAGUCACUGUGGGACAUUGCUGAAAGAUGAUCGGUAUGAUCCGUUUCUGACCACAGGCUCAUGGAGAGGCGAUUUUCGCUUCGGUUCAAACACAGACACCGACACGCUAAAGAAAAGAAGCGCCGCAUACCAAAAGAACACCUUAAGGCGCAUCAGCGCUGACAGAUCAACCCUGAAGGUUCGGGCUGGUCCGUCACAUCCUUGUUAUGUGGUCACUUGAAAAAGUCUGCACACACCUGUUCAAAAAGCAGGAUUUUAAGGUAUUAAAAAAAUAUGACAAGGAUAAAUUAUUUUAAAACAUUGCAAAAGUGUGCACACCUUAGAGUUCAUAGCUAACCGAUCACAUUCAAACUCCAUGAAAUGUGAGUCUGUCACACCGAUUCAACCUAAAAAAAAGAAAGACAGAAAGAAAGAAAGAAAGAAAGAAAAAAAAAAUCUAUUUUAAUUCAUGAAAACCUCUAUUUGAACAGGAUUCUGUACUUUUCUAAUACUAAAUGAAAAACAUGUUGACUAUUCAAACACAUUAACACUCUACUUCAUUAUACUAUUUGUUAUAUGAUCUAAACUAUGCACUACAUUAUAAUACAGCACAAUUCGAAAUCUCUACAAAGUGGAAGCAUAAUAAAAGUAUUUUGAAUUCAAUAUCUUUGCUACUUUAGACUGUGCUGACGAUGUAGCCAUUGAGCUUAGUUUGUAAUAAAAAGCUGUAAAGAUUUGAAUAGAAACCAAGGCAUCAAGUUAUAUUUUUAAAUACAUUUAUUUUGUGCAGUUUUGUUCUGUAUAUAUGCAUGGAACUAUUCACCUUUAAAAUAAUUUUGUGAAACCAAUUAAAUGUUUAAUUAGCACGUAAAUUGAUCUUUGUUUUGUUUUGUGUUUGUUAAUUAAAUGCACUUUUCUUCUAAAUACUUCUUUUUCUUGUAUCGUUAGUUAAGCUUUGUUGUUCUUUCAUUGCUGCAAGUCACUAAGAACACCUCUCAACUGCAAUAUUUUCUCAAUUGUUUCCUCAUUUUCAACUUUCUCUCAUUUGCUAUGAAGAAAUAUCUUGCUAUUGUGCCAUGUGACCACCAAACUUGUAAGACCUGUAAAACAUUCAUUUACUAGCACAGGUUGGUGAUUUCUAAUUCACCUGACUUUUCCAUACUUUCCCUCCACCCCAUGUUUUUUUAAAAUCAUUUUUACAGCAUGUGUCAGCUUUGUCUUGUUCACGCAGGUCAACGCUGUUCCCUUUUUAAUCUGUGGCCAUGAGUAAUUCUAUAAUAAGUCUUUGUUAUGUGACACUGCAAUGCCAUGUUGUAAUCAAAUGUUUGACUAAAUUCUUAAAUAAAUUUUGAUUUUGUAACAAAACAUUUU